GACAGGAAGCUUUUCUUUGUUGUCGGAAGAGAAAGCAAGAUGGCUAACCUGGACGUGGAGGAUUUUAUUCAGCAGAACCGGGCUGUGGCGGACCAGGUGGAGACAUAUCGAGGCUACUGGGAGAGCGAGAAGCACUGGCUGGUCCGGAGGGACUUCAUCCUCCGGAACAUGAACGAGUAUGAGGACGAGCAGCUGGACCAACUGCUCGCUCUGUCCAUGGUGUGGGCCAACAACGUCUUCCUCGGCUGCAGGUAUAGCACAGAGCUCCUGGAGAAAGUGAAGGAAAUGGCUGAAGGCAUCGAGGUGGAGGACGCACCAGUGUUCAAGACAAGAGAUGAGAUUAUGAAGGCGCAACAGGGUCGAUGACCAGCUCAUCUCUUCUCAUCAUGCCAGCAGAAAUCUGAUGGGGACUCAGCUGUCAUACAGACUGUAACACGUCGGACAAAAUUUCAAUAAUGGUUUAGAAUUGUUUAAAUACAGAUAUUGGUAUGUUUGUUCUCAUUAACUGCUUUUUUAUUUUUUUUUAAAUCAUACUUUUAGUGCUGUUUUUAUAUCUAUUCAGAUGCAGAACGGCACUGGAUUUUGUCCUCAUGUCUCUGGAACAGAAUAAAUAACUGGUUUUCUUCCUAAA